AUGAUUUUAGAAUUAAUUUUCCUAUUAACAGGUGUGCAAUCUAUUAUUCUAAAAUUUAAAGUUCCACCUGGAUAAUAAUAAUGCAUUAAAGAUUCUGUGUCUUAAAAUACACUCAUAUAUGGAAAUUAUGAUACUACAUCCUUACUAUAUAGUUUUACAUUAAGUGUAAUCAAUUCAUACUAUCUUAUUUUAGAUAAUAAAUUAAUAGGAUUAAGAGACAAUCAUUAUUGAACACUCCAAUGAUAUUAAUCAAUAAUUUCAUUAUGUAAUGUAGGAAUCAGGAGAAAUUUCAAUGUGUUUUGAAGUAGAUGAUUAUGCUGAUAUUACAACUUUUAAUCUAUUUUAUGAAAGUGGUACUUAAAUAGUAUUAAAAUUUAUUAUAGGAGCUGAAAUAUAUGAUUAAGAUUUAUUGGCCAAAAAACAACAUGUUCUUAAUUUAAAUGAAACUUUAGAUACAAUGGAAUAAUUGUAAUAAGAUAUAUCAAGAGAAUAAUUAUUGAUUGUUGAUAGAGAAAAUAAAAGAAAGCAUAGUUUUACAGAUAUUUAAACCAAAAUAAUUGGGUUUGCUGGCAUAACUUUUGGAUUAUUAAUUAUUGUGGCUGCUUGUUAAGUUAUAUAUGUCAGAAGAUAUGUAGUGUAUAAAAAAUUAGCUUGA